AACAACAACAACGACAAGUUCUCGGAGAAGCUGAAAGCAUCUCGGAAUCAUGGAAAAUCCCUGAGGACGGAUCCGGGUCUUAGCCCGAAUUCGUUUCGGACUCGAAGCCCAGGUGUUUCACUCUUCCCUUCGUUGGGGAGAAUGACUACUCUCGUGCCGUUCCCGGACCUGAAUCUCUUGCCGGAGUCCGCAUCCUCCUCCGCCGCCGGAGUUUCUGGAGUUGCCGGACGGUCAUCGGUUCAGAAUCAAGGGUUCAAGGCAGAACCAAUUGUUAAUUGGGAUGCCCAAAACCCAAAUGGAGUUUCAUCUGAUUCCGAUCAUACCACUCCUCCGCCAUCUUCACUUUCCUCCCCCGACAUGACCGAUGUUUCCACCGAGUUUGAUCGCUUCGCUGAGCGUUUCAUUUCUGGAUUUGGGAGUCAGCAGCCCGAGGGAUACGGCGAGUCCUCUGCAACCGGUUCGAAAUCCGGCGAAAAACAGCCUUUGGUGACGCUUGCACCACCACCGGGAUUUGAGGGUUAUCGCGUUUCAAACCACGUUGCUUCGCCUCUUCCUCCACUGGAACUCCGGAGACCGCAAGAGCUCGCGAGGUUCACUAUGGUAGGGGAUGAAGAUCAGAAACGCCACCGAGAAAUCUUUAAACAAAACCGAAUGAUCUACGACUCUCUCCGGAUUCAUCUCGUGAAGGAGGAUUCCGUUGCUGGUGAACGGCGCAAAACCAGAGGCGAUAUAAAGGCUUCGGCUUUGAUGAAAAAACGUGGCUUGUGGCUGAAUCAGGGGAAAUACUUUGUGGGUUCAAUCCCUGGGAUUGAGAUCGGCGACGUCUUCUUCUACCGUCACGAACUGUGCUCGGUGGGCUUACACAGCCAGCUACAAGCCGGAAUUGACUUUUUAACGGCUCAACGUAGCUCCAAAGGUGAACCGAUAGCCACCAGCAUCAUCGUCUCAGGCAAUUAUGAGGAUGAUGAAGACACAGGAGAGGUUCUGGUUUAUACUGGUCACGGUGGUCAGGAUAAGCUCCACAGGCAGAUUCAAGAUCAGAAGCUAGAAAGUGGGAAUCUAGCAAUGGACAGGAGUAUGUUUCAUGAUGUUGAGGUACGGGUGAUUAGAGGGUUUAAGUAUGAGAACAAAGUUAGCUCUAAAGUGUUUUUCUACGAUGGUUUAUACAAGAUUUCAGAUUGCUGGCCUGAUAUGGGGAAGUCUGGUUUCGUAGUGUAUAAGUUUAGGCUAGUCAGGAUCAAUGGGCAACCCGAGAUGGGCAGUGCAAGAAUGAGAUUUGCGGAAACACUCAAAAGUACGCCGUGGAUAGUUAGGCCUAGUGGGUACAUAAGCUUUGACAUUUCUUCCAAUAAGGAGAAUGUCCCUGUGUAUCUAUAUAAUGACAUAGAUGAUGAUCGGGAACCCUUAGACUAUGAGUACAUCUCGAAAUCUGUCUUCCCUAUGAUUUACGCUCAAGAAGAGAUCAACAGGGCUGGCUGCGACUGUAGUUUCUCCUGCAGUGAAGAUUGUCUUUGUGCAAGGAAAAACGGUGGUGAGCUUGCUUAUGACGAUAAAGGGAAUCUACUGAGAGGAAAGUCUGUAGUAUUUGAAUGUGGGGCAUCUUGCAAGUGCGGUCCGAGCUGUAAGAACCGUGUGACGCAGAAGGGAUUGAGGAACAGGCUGGAGGUUUUCAGGUCCAAGGAGACCGGUUGGGGUGUCAGGACACUGGAUUUAAUUCAUGCCGGUGCUUUUAUUUGUGAAUAUGCAGGUGUUGUUCUCAAAAGAGACCAAGCUAAUGCUGUGUCGAUGAAUGGGGAUACUUUGGUCCAUCCGGGCCAGUUCAGAAAGAAUUGGAGGAACUGGGGUGACUUAUCUAAAGUACUCCCGAAUCUUGUUCGGCCGGAUUAUCCAUCUCUCCCUCCGUUAGAUUUCGCAUUGGAGGUGUCAAAGAUGAGAAACGUGGCUUCUUACAUUAGUCCCAGCAAGGAACCAAAUGUGAUGGCACAGUUUGUACUGUAUGACCAUAAUAACUUGAUGUUCCCUCGACUCAUGCUUUUUGCACUGGAGAACAUCACUCCGUUAUCCGAGCUAAGCUUGGACUAUGGGUCGGCCGAUGAGCUAAACGGGAAGCUCGCCAUCUAUAACUGAGGAGUUUCCGUAGCUUGUUUCUGGAUGCUUUAGCUUGAGAUGGAGAAUAUUUUGACAAAACCUAAACCUUUCUCCGCUCGUUCGCUGUUCUGUCUUUCCUUCUCUCUGCGAUAUCUGCAAGGCAAGAACCUUCUCUUUUGUCGAUGUGUAUCUUAUUAAGUUAUUAGUGUACUAAAAUGUGUAUGUCUCUGUCGGUCAUAUGAUAUGAUGGAGCUUUAGCUGAUUUGAAAGAAAAAAAAAAUGUAACAGCAAAGCAACAAAACAUUCUGUAAAGAAAUUUUUGUAUAAAAGGCUUUUGAAUUUGUUUCUU